GGAGGGCGAGCUCUCAAGACUGAUUUUUGCCGCAGCAGGGAAGAAAUUUGAAGAUAAAAGAAUCGAGUUCUCUGACUGGCCUAAUGUAAAACAAGAAAUGCCCCAAGGUACAAUGCCAGUGUUAGAAAUAGACGGCAAAAAGGCGUCACAGAGUUUAUCUAUUGCACGUUACUUGGCACGAGAAUUCAAUUUGUAUGGUAAGACUAACGAGGACAUGCUUGUAGUCGAUCAGAUUGUAGAUACGAGUAUUGAUCUUUUCGAGGCAUUUAUAAAAGUAGUUUUUAAUAAAGAUGAAAAAGAGAAGGAAAUCAAAAUGAAAGAAUUCUAUGAGACAACUUUACCUAAGCAAUUAGGUUUUUUGGAAGCUCUUGCUAAAGAUGGAAAGGGAUUUGCUGUUGGACAAACGCUGACAUUAGCGGACCUUGCCUUGUUCACUUACAUAGAAAACUGUAGAGCCGGUGACAAGUUAGAGAAGUUCCCUGUCCUAGCAGCAAACCGUCAGAAGGUGGAACAACUACCAAAAAUCAAAGAAUAUUUAGCAUCCCGUCCAAAAACGGAGUUUUAAUAUACAAAUAAGCAAUAUUUAUAACAAUAUUUAUGACUUUAUUUAUGUGUCAAUCAAUGGAAGUGGCUGAUUAUCUUUUUUAGCGUUCUGUCUUUACAAGUUCUUCAGUAAAAUACGCAUUUCUUUAUUCAUUGUGUAGAUCUACUUGAAAUUACAAUGCAUAAAUAUGUGUUUAAAAAAGGGAAAAAUGUUGUUGUUUGGAUUGCUAUAGUUGUUAGGACAUGUUGGUCUAUAUAGUAUAGAGUGAAAUAAAGUCUGUUGCGAUGUUCGCAAUCCAGGGGACUGGACAUUGUUAAUCAAUACAACAAAGUACUUGCUUCUUACAUUUAAAACUGAAUGUCUUUUUACAUUUCACUAUUAAUGCUUGCUUUCUUGAAAAGUAUGUACUGAGUGCAUAUCUUCAUUAUAUAAAAUACACGAUGUCAGUUAUGUUAGCUGAGAUUCAUAAAGCAAUGCUUUUUAUAAUAAUGUCUUUGUUUGUGCAUUCAAAUCUAAAUAUUAACUGAUUUUUGUGU